UGGACCUCAAAGACAACUGCAAAUUAUGAAGAACAACCCUCGAAGCUGCCGAGGAAGUCGAUGUUUGGUGCUGAUCACUGUGUGUCUCGGGAUUAUUUGUCUACUUCUAAUUGCUGGCAUCAUACUGAUGUAUUUUCAGGCCUCUUCUAAGCGAGGAUAUCUGUGGGGUCCAGAUGGCUUGUUCAUGUCCACUGAGUUGAAGAGCUGGUCUGACAGCAGACAGUAUUGCAGGGAUCGUGGUGCUGAUCUGGUCAUUAUCAACACUGAAGAGAAGCAGAGGCACAUAUCAUCAUUUAUCAAAGAGAGAGUGUGGAUUGGUUUGUCUGACAUAGAGAAUGAGGGCAACAUGAACAUGGGUGAAUAAUUCACCACUGAAACAAGGGUUUUGGGUUGAAGGUGAGCCAAAUAACUAUCAUGGUAAAAGCGAAGACUGUAUUGAAAUGAGACCUUCAGAUCCUGUCCUGAACAACUGGAAUGAUCUCUCAUGCUCUGAGAA